AUGGAGAGAAAGGACAGCCUCAAAAGCGAUGCCGGAGAGGUCGGCCUCCGGAGGGUGGCCGCCUCGGUCUCCCGCCCAGCCAAGUGGGAAGGCCUGUUGUCCUUGGGAAGCGGAGACUGCCUCCAGACCCUAGCUCCGGAAGUCAAUGGCGGUGCCAAGAAAGUCCUCGCCCGGAACGUGAGUGGAUCCGUCAAGUGGUACAAUGUGAAGCAUGGGUAUGGUUUCAUCAACAGGCACGACACGAAGGAAGAAGUGUUUGUUCACCACUCGGCCAUUGCCCGGAGCGGCCCUCGCAAGUUCCAUCGGGGCGUGGAUGCUGGGGAGGUUGUCGAAUUCGACGUGGUGCAGGGCAGGCGGGGCACCGAGGCCGCCAACGUGACCGGGCCAGCUGGCGCCCCAGUAAAGGGCAGCCGCUUCAGCCCUGGCUUCUGCAUCCGCCAUGAUAAGCUGCAGCCUCGCCAGGAUGCGGGGGAUGCCGAAGAGGACAUCAACAGCGACGAAGGCAGAGGCGGCUUUGCCGCAGCCCAGGGCCAGAAGCACCACCAGCCCCGCCGCCGGCCCCACUACCCCCAUGCCCAGCGACAGCGGUGUUUACUAUCCAUCCGAAGGAUCCCGGCUGCCACCCGCCACUCUGCCACCUUCACUGCGCCCGCCGCACCUGCAGGGCCUAUGGGCACUCCAGCACGCCGGGGGCAUGGGCCCAGCUACCGGCUGAGCCGCCCUAGGGGCCGAGGCACUGCCCCUGGUCCGAAGUCCUCACCUGACCUUUCCCAGAAGUUGGAGGCAGAAAAGGAGAGCAGGAUCAAUGCCAUUGGCCUGCAGCAGGGGACCCGGCCACACUACACAUGCCACUGCCCCAACAACCCGUGUGCUUGCCAUCGCCAGCAGCAGCUGCCUGGCAAAAAAGGCCAGACACCCGAAGGAGGAGAGGGUGAGAUUGGGAAGGGCCCUGCUGGGAAACCUGCUUGUGUUGCCAAGAAAACCAGCACCUUUGAGGAGGAAGCUGCAGUUGCAAAAGCCUCCUCUGCUGCUCAGGCCCAGUAA